AUGGCAAAGCAGACCAGCACUGAGACAAAUGAGCGCGCGGCCGCCUGGACUCCCUGGCUUGGUUGGCUAUUGGAGCACCCAGAAGCCGUCGUGCCGGAGGUGAAUGACACCAAAAGUGUACGAAUCCCUAUACAAUGUAGGAUAUGCGAUUCCAUCAACAGCAGCACCGUAGAUUGGGUUUAUGUUGACCCCUAUGACGCCGAAUGUGGCACACUACCUCGAGAGUGCAUGGACCCAGACUUUCUGAUCUGGGUCAACUCUGAAGGGCGUCAUAUCAUGGAGGACAACCCAGAGGCAGUUAAGGGUGUCACUGAGGCCCUUCGUGGACUUGACAGAGAUAGGGCUGCUGCUGUUCGCGAGCUGAUCCAGGAGAGAUGGAAGAAGGCUGCGGCUGUUUACAAGGAACAGGCACAAAAGGCUAAGGACGAGACGACGAAGACGGAGGAGGAGCCCGUCAAGAAUGUCACUCAGGAUAAGUGGACGUCCAAGUACCUCAUUUUCCCCAAGCUUAGCUUUUGA